AUGGCUAAUCCAAAUCCAGAACCAGAUACCUCUUCGAUGUUUAUGCAAAAAGGUGACGGAAAAAAUACUAAGAGUCCAAACCGUUCUGAAUUAACAUCAAAGAACAGUUCUAAAACGCAUUUACCCGCAGAGGUUAUCACAGUGAAAGAUUUUUUUGACUUUAUGAAGACAGCAUAUCAAGUUUACGAGCACUUGGAAGGCGGUGAAGAGGAAGGAGUGAAAAUAAAUUGGGAGGAGCUAACUAAAUUAACAGUAAUAAACCAUGUAAUUGAACAACAAGAGAGGGAUCUCCUUUAUCAAACAGCUUACUCUACCCAAAAGCCUGUCAUCAGUAAAGGUCGGAGACGUUCUCUACCUCCUGAAACUAGAGUUGAAAUGCUUGGUGUAUGGACAGAAGCAAAUCUCAACUGUAAAUUGAAUGAUGUUAUAAAUGAAGGAAUUUUAGAUUCAAUUUUGCCAUAUUUAGUGGGAUAUAAAAAGCCUUCUAAAACUACGAGUGUGUAUACUCCUAUCAUCAAAAAAGCAUCUUCAAACACUACUCUUGAUAUAAAAAAACCUGGAAGUUUCGGUGGUUUCCUGAAUGAAAAAGAGUCUAGGGAUAGAUUGGGAAGACGCAAGUCGUCUGUAAUAGCAGCUCAAGAACGCGUGAACCAAAAGCAAGAUGGAGAUGUGGAAAUUCAUGUUUGUGACGAAGUAAAGGGUUUGAAAAAAGACUUUAGAUGUCCUCAAAAAUUGUUAGUAUCCAAGAUGGGCUAUUUUGCCGAUGUUACAGCGGGUCAAAGGUUGGAGGAUAUGGACAUUUCAGUGCAUUGUGAUAUUCAGAUGGAGCCUUUGCUACACGAUUGCCUGAUCUACUGUCACGCUCACCUGAACGACAUCGUGAAGACGUCCACCAAUCUAGCAUGUCUUAGUGACGCUUUACUUACCAGGUUGGCAGCUAUGUACACGAACGCGGAGCUGGAAGCGGUUCGUGACCGCAAAGACAAGAUCCAAUCACGACUAUACUGCAAGAUGAUCCUUUCUCUCGCCGAACCUGUGCCGGAGACCCUGCGCGGUCAUUACGCUACACUCGCUACCCUGUUCAAAUGCAGCAAAUGCAACAAGUUAUUGGGGCGCCAUAUCGCUGAACAGGUGCCAUGUCAGCCCUCUAGUAUGAGGAUUGACCGCCGUGGAAAUGUUAUUUCUUCACACACCAAGGAGCCAUCUUGGAGUCUGAACGAAUACAUAACGUGGCUGUAUGGCGAGCUACGCUCCUGGCGGCGGGUGUACUGGCGACUCUGGGCUGACUGUCAUUUCCUGCGCUGUCAGCUCUGCGACAGCUACUUUCCAGCUUACCAGGCAACUUAUGAUAAUCUAAUCAAUAUCCCCAGCACUAGAAGUAAUAACUGUUCUUUAGGUUACAAACCUUCCUUCGAAAAAGUCAAAAUCAUGCAUGAGAAGCAUUUAACGAGAUCUCGUGCAAGUCAAACAUCUAUGAGUUCGUGUGCUGUCUGGUUUAAUUCGUACACCGAUGGGCAGAUGGAGUGGUGCUCUCAUCAUGAGCAAACCGCCCAUAUGUUCGCAUUGGAAGGCCGCCCCCCGCUGCCCACCGGCCGCUACCCGUGUUGCGGUGAACGAGCCUAUCGCUUCGAGACCAUCACUAGGAACACCGGUUGCCAGUUCCGUGAGCACGCACCCGACGAGCGGCUAGCGACUGACGCGUCGGUAAUGGAGAUCUACAACCAGUUCCGGGACAUAAUUGCGAUGCGUCCGCCUCAGCUCAUGUUCCCGGAGCGACUCACUCGCCUCGUUAGCAGAGAGCCAGGCGAGGAUAGCGGUGGACGGCUGCAGUGUAAAGAGAAUAAAAAGCUCGUUUAUGAUAUAUAUGAUGAUGAUGAAUGAUUAGGGUCGGUGUAAAGGGUAGCUUACAUUAUUUUUGUAUGGAACUGUCAAAUAUUUAGACCGGGCCCUAUUUGUAGUAUUAAUAAGCAAUUAGCGUACACCCGCGUGACAGCUUGUGCGAGACCUGGAUCUCCUGCGCUUGCGCCGGCGCCGUCCCACACAGUCGCCUGUGCCGGCGCCGCUGUUCCCUCGCCAGACCGGAAAGAUGUCCGCAAAAUGAAAGACAAGGAGGACCCUCCUAGUUCAAAGAAAGGUGCGGUAUGCGGCGGCGCAGGAGAAGCUUCGGCAGUGUGCGAUGAACAAUCGAGCGAAUCUGAGGAUGACGCGAGCGAGCAGAGCAGCGGCAGCGCGCGCAGUGAUGAAGACCGGCCUACACGCCGUGCGCAACCACCACCCAGGGCUGCUUCUGCGCAGCCUACUAAUCGUCGCGUACGGGUGUCUGGACGUGUAUGGGUAGCGUCGUUAUCAGCGCGCAGUAAUCAAGAUCAGCAGCGGCGUUUCGAAGAACGUGCCGCGCGGCAAAUGCGUGCUGCACUCGCCCGACGCGCCGCCCUACAGCCCGGCAAAUCCAAAUCGCCCGCUGGUGGUGUUUAUGCUAAGCUGGAGGCGGAAUGGCGGGAGAGAUAUGGGCAACGUGCACGGAAUACCACCGCGGUGUCUGCCCGGCCACGACCACCGCCUAAAUAUAAAUAA